AAAAUAGUGGAUGUCCAAUUCACUUCUAAUGUAGUAAUGUAGUAUUUGUUAUGUUGCAUUCUUUUUGUAACUAGGUAGGCCCUCCAUCGAAUGUUGUUGUGGUUUGUGUGGCCGUAAUAUCUCACUUCAAACAUGGCUAAAACAACAGGAAAGGCUAAGGGCAAGGCCAAGAAGCUGCCCAUCAGGCCAGAAGGCUACCCAAAAAUCAUCAAGAAGAAGAUGAGGAAAUUUAUCAGGCAUCAAAGCGAUCGAUAUGCCAAACUGAAGCCCAACUGGAGAAAACCAAAAGGUAUUGAUAACAGAGUGCGUAGGAGGUUCAAGGGUCAACUUAGAAUGCCAUCUAUUGGUUAUGGUAGCGACAAGAGGACCAAACACAUGUUGCCCAACCACUUCCGUAAAGUUGUCAUUCACAACGUCAGGGACUUGACAAUGCUUCUCAUGCAGAACAGGAAAUACUGCGCUGAAGUUGCACACAACGUAUCCGCCAAGAAAAGGAAACAAAUUGUCGAGCGCGCUCACCAGUUAUCAGUUAAGGUUCUCAACAAAAAUGCUAGGUUAAGGAGUGAGGAAAAUGAAUAAAUCUAAGUUGUUUUUAUCAAUAAAAUUUCUUUUUUAUUUUUA